CGGGAGGCCGCUGUCUCUCACUGUGGCAAGGCGGCUAGUUCAAGUUGCCAUAGCGGCGAGGUGGGGAGGAAGCUGAGCCGAGUUGGGCGGUUGGAGCCGGCAGGGUAGGGGUGCCCUGAUGCUGAGGUCUCUCGCGAGAUUUCAAUACAUCAAUGGCAGAUUCAUCCAGUGAUUCAGACAACUUUCUUCUUAGUCGUGUAGGAAGGCGGGGCCCUCUAAGAGCCACUCACAGCAGAGCCCGAAACCAUGGGGCUGGAGAUGUUACAGAGAAGAUCCAUACCUUAGCAAGCACUUUACAGGAUACCAACCGAAACCUGAGACAUGUUGACCAGAUGCUAGGACAGUACAGAGAGUACAACAAUGAACAGACUGAAGCUAUAGCAACUUUAAAAGAGACACUGGAACAAUCUAUAGGCCAAUUAAGGAGCCAACGAUUGUCCAGAAAUUCUGGAAUGAGAAGUGCCUCUCUUUCAAGUUUAUACACAAGUGACCUGGAUGGUGAAGCAGCCACAGGGAGCCACCAUUUCCAGCCUACCUCACCUCUCAGGGAUUAUGGAGACUCACAGAGCACUAGACGUCGGAGGUCUAGAUCUGCUAAUGUCCGGUUCAUCGAUGAGGCCAAUAAUUUGGACCAGCUACAUUCCUUACACCACUCCCUUCGAGACCUUAGCAGUGAACAGGUUCGCCUAGGAGAUGAUAUCAGCAGGGAGCUUUCAAGAAGAUACCGGACUGAUGCAGAAACCAAAAAGAUCUUGACAGACUUGUCGGAAAAGCUCACUGAAUCCCAAAGGCAAGAAACUGUAUCAGAGCGGGUAGAGAGAAGACUUCAAGAGAUAGAACAAGAAAUGCACACAGAAAGGCAGGUGGUAGAAAGACGCCAGGACCAACUAGGACAUAUGUCUAUGCAGUUGCAGGAGGCUUUAAGGAAACAAGAUGCUAAAGCUGAUGAAAUGGAAGGACUGAUGAAAAAUAAACUUUUGAAAUCUGAAAAUGAAAAGAGCAAACUUGAGCAGGAGUUGGAGCGGUCCCAGAGGAAGUUAGAUCAGUCAGAAGACAGUCGGGAAGCUCUUCUGCAUCAGAUUGAGGAUCUCCAUUCCCAAUUAUUGAGAGCAGAAGCGAACCGUGUGGAUUUGCAGCAUCAAGUUUCACAGGUUGCCAUGCACCACCAAAGCUACCAUGAUGAGCAAGAGGACGACAGGAGAAUUAGAUCAGUUGUUGAAAGGUCUGAGCGGGAGAAGCAAGAGUUGGAGAAACAGAUCCUGGAGUUAAGAGCAAAGCUGAAUCAUAGUGCUGUCAUGUCAAAGGUAGAGGAGCUGAAGCGAUGCAUAGAGCACAAGGAUAAGGAGAAAGCACAACUUGCAAUGCACAUACAGGUGUUAACAUCUGACUUGGAAAACAGGGAGAAGCAGCAGCAAAGGAUGCUGGACCAGCUGAAGGAGAUACAGAGCUGCUACAAGGCCUGUGAGAGCGAACGGAGGCAAACUGAACUCCAAACUGCUGAGCUGGCCCAGCAACUUGAAGAGUCUGCUAAGGAAGCAGAUCGGUACCUUGCUGAAUUCAGGCAGUCUGAGACCCUUAGGCUAGAGACCGAGAAGAAGAAAGAAGAGUUGAAAGUGAAAGCUCAGGAAUCCAUUCGACACUGGAAGCUGAAAUAUAAGAAACUGGAACGUGAUAUGGUGAAACAGAAUGAAACCAUCAAUCAGCUAAUGGACAAGAGCAAUCAGGUCCUUAAAGAGAAGGAUGACCUGAAGGCUCAGCUUCUCUCUGCUAUACAUCAAAUAGAAAACCUUCGCAAGGAGCUGAGUGAUGUGCUUACAAAGAGGGCCCAGCAAGAAGAGGAACUCCAUUGUAAGGAGGUGAAGCUCAGUGAAACCAAGUCUCAACAGAUAGUUCUUGAGCAAGAGAUCAGGGAAGUCCACGAUAAAGCAAAUAAACUGGAGAGUGAGUUGCAAAAGCAGAUCCUGGUACAGAACCAGAUUAGAAAUGAAAAAGAACGUUUAGAGGAAGAGCUUGAAACAGCUAACAUGAUCAAUGAAAAAGAUCAGGAAAGAUUCUUAGAGAUGCAAGAAGAUAUAAAAAACUUAAGUGCUAUUCGGGCAGAGCUGACAAACAGAAUAGCAGAAGAAGAAAAAGUCAAGAAAGAGAUUCUCAAGAACUUUUCAGACCUUCAAAAACAUCAGGAGUCUAAGCAAGAAGAGAUGACUACAACUAGCUGGCAGCUGAAGAUGGAGAGAGAUGUUCACCAGCAGGAGCUGGCAGAUCUUAGGUCAGAGUUGAAGAAUGUGAAAACAAAGCAUGAGAGAAAUGUUCAAGAGCUGAUGAAGCUCUUUAGGCAAGAAAAGGAUGAGACAGAGAACCACAUUAGGAGGCUGAAGACAGAACUUUUAGAUGAGAAAAAUGUAGUAAAAGCUCAGCGUCGACAGGUUGAGAAGAUGAAAACUGAAUGUGAUAAGAUGACAGAAGAGUUAACCCAGAGUGAACAGGAAAACACAAAACUUAGACGGAAAUAUGAGCUUGUGAAACAGGAACUGGAGGAAAAGGAUAAACAGAUAAGCAGUGAAGAAGAUCAUUUGAGGAGGAUGGAGGAGGCCAGAUUACAGCUUAGGGAUCAGCUGCAUUGUCUAGAGACAGAGCAAGAAUCCAUUCUCACCAUGAUAGGAAGUGAAAUUGAUGCAGCUUGUGAAAUCCUUUCCGGAGACUCUGUGGAGAAAUUCAAAGCAAUAUCACUUACACCUGGGUUACAGAAUGACCCUCAUCGCUGGUUAGCAGAAACAAAGACUAAACUUCAAUGGAUGUGUGAAGAGGUGAAAGAGAGAGAAAGCAAGGAACGGAAGCUGCGGCGCCACCUAUUGCAGAGUCGAGAGCAGCUUAAGCACUUGACAUUGAGCAAGGAGUGUGAACUUCAAUCUCUCUUUGAACAAAUAAAAAAGCAAGAACAUAUCCUGGAGGAAGUUAACAGAGAAAAGAGAGAUCUGCUGGAGAAGACUCACAGGAGAGAGGAAGAAAUGGCAGCGCUACAGGAGCGUAUCAUGGGCUUAGAAACAAGUACCCGAGUGGCCUUGGACCAUCUAGAGUCUGUUCCUGAGAAACUGAGUCUUUUGGAAGAUUUCAAAGAUUUGGGAGAAUCUCAUCGUCAGAAGGAGAUAAUUGAAGAGAGAUACACUAAAUACAAGGAAAUUGUGGGCUCUCUACAGGAGCAGCUGGACGAUUCAAAGCGCAGAAUCAGAAACUUCAAAGAUGAGAAAAUGGAUGCUGAUGUUUCCGACAUACAAGCGGCAGCUCUCUCCUCCAACUGGCAGACUAAAACCAGCUUUAUGUCCAGCUCACUGCUUUCAGAUUCAGGCUCAUUUAUCAGAAGAAUGGUUCCUUUCAAUUUAAAUACAACCAAGGAAGAUCCCAUUAGUAUUGCUGUCAAUGAAAUGAAGUCACAAGCAGAAAAAGAGAAGCACUAGAGCUGCUAAAAAACUAUGCAAAAACACCGCCGCUUUCCUUGCUGGAGGUUCAAUUCUGCUCCAUUGUUUUAAAACAAUAAUAAUUCUGUCUGCAGUCAAGCACAGCUGCACUUACAGGAGUGAUGCAGCUUCAGUAAUUCAUCAAUUGCCAAAUAUUGACUGAAAGUUCAUCAUAGUUGUUUGAGGGGAAUGAGGCUAUUUAAACCUGAAGAUAAUGGUAUGUAUCACAUCUGCCAAAGGGUUUCAUGGCAUAAAGCUUUGUCCUCUUUGCAUUCAUUCUAUAGUUUGCCUGACUAAAGUUCAUUCUUGUUUAUAGCAUACAUGGAUUCUAAAGAUUACUAGCUGAAAAACUAGUACACAAACUUUUGCUAAGAGCAAAAUUACAGGUGUAAAGAAAUUUGGUUGACACUUAAAUUUAGGCAUCAUUUAAUAAUGAUUAAUAAUCAAGAAACAAUUACUAGAAAUUACUUUUGUCCCAAUAUAUUAUAAGGAGCUUUAUAAUAUGUUGUAGCAAAACGUAUACAUGAUUUUAGGUAUUUCAGUUAAUAAAAACCAUGCAACAGGUCAUUACUAUUAGAAAAGAAUCCAUUCAGCAAAGUUUAUAACUAGAACCACAUUUUCCCAAAGUUGAAGGGAAUUUAGAUCAUAGGCUGCACCAAUCUAUCUCUAUUGUUGCCGUUUAGAAUUAUUUCUAAGAUAUAAUAUCUUAUAAUCCGAUGGUAUGGCAAGAAGGCAUUAUUAUCUAAUGGUUAGAGUAAGAGAAUGCCAUUUGGAAGACUGGUUCUCAGCUCUUCUCGUAAGUCACUGUCUGACUUUUUGCAAAUAACUUAACCUCUCUGUGCCUCAGUUUCCUCACCUGCAAAUGUCCUGAUGAUACCGAUCUUUGUUAAGCACUUUGAAAACCUUUGAUGAAAGGUGAUGCUAUAUAUGAGCAUGAAACAUUGUUCAUUUUUAAAAGCAACUUCUAAUAACCACUUUGUUAUUCUUUUUAUUUUAUAUUAAGUAUUUUGAAAUUUUAAAAUGUUACUUAUUAUUAAUAAUUCUGGAUGUCCUUCUUGCUUCUGAGGACCCCAUUCCAGUCAAAUCUGAUACAUUUCCUAGCUUAAUAUAGUCCCCAACAAACCACUAUUGUAACAUCUUCCACUAUCUCUAGAAUCUUCAAUAUUUGCACCAGUCCUGGUUCAGUUCUAUGAUACAUGCUUAUCUUUAGUGUUCCAGGUUGAAUCACCACUAAAGUGCCUUAAAGGGCCAAUAUACUGGCCAAACACAACAGGGAGUAUCAGCGUAAUAUGAAUUACAUUGCAGUGGUUCAUUUAUGACAGCCUUUUCUUGUAUAGAGAGCCCUCUCUUUCUCAGAAAGACUGUGGCUCUUUUACCAGCACUGUCAGUAGAGAUGGAACCUUUAGUAGCAGUUUCCAGAUCAUGAUGUGCCAACUAAGGAACAGGCAGUGCUUUUAAAGAGUUUACUGCAGACAGAUUCUGCUCACAGCUGGGACAGUGAGGAGUCUGUUGGAGCAAGCCCCUUAUACUCAGCAUUGUUCCAAGCACACAUUAUUGCUGAAGAUAUUAACGGCAUAUACUUUUCAGAAAGGGAGAUUAGAAGAUAAACUUGAUUAUUGCUUUGCAUUAAUUUUAUGUGUGUAUUGUAACUUCUUUGUAUGAAAACAGCUAUUGACUAUUUUUCUUAUGUCUCAUAAAAGAUUGGCUUAUCCUUUCUGAAGAUAUUCUCUUUGUCUUCUAGAUGUGCGUAGUGUAGGCUGGAGUAAUACUGGCACUAGCCCUUUACAGAUUGCUGACGCGUUUCCUACCUCAAAGGCCAGAAAGUAUAACAGGGUCAUCCAUCUCUUCCAAUCCCAAUGGCUGUGUCAGAGCCAGAAUAAAAUAAACUACACAAAAAACCCCCUCUCUACUAGUGAAAAUAAGGUUAAUGAAAAUGUCUUUCUAUCAUAGAGUAGGAAUGAGCAUGGACAUGAUGAAAUAUGAGAUUAACUCAGUCCAUAGUUGCCCUAAACUAAACCAACCGUAAAUGUAUUCAGCAUUUGUAAUUUAUUUUUUUAAUUAAAUCAGGUCACAGCUGGAAAUUGGUUGUUUAAAACACUUCAGUCAGUUUGCCUGGUGAAAAGUUGGAAAAUCAGAAAAUAAGAUAUUCACAGUUUCCAGAGUUUAUGGUGUAUACAUAUAAUGGUUUAAAGAAAUAUAGGACAGUCAAUUUAAAAUAAAAACUGUUGUUUUGCAACACAGUAAAUUGUGGUCUUAAAAUAGACUAUGUUGCAAGGAGAUCUUGUUAAAGAGAACCCCCUACAGUUUGAAUUGCUGUAUAGAUAGAUGUGUAUCAACCACCUUUUACUGAAUCUGGAACAACUUCCAUGGUAAAUGCCUGUUUGUAAGUGGGCUAGGCUGAAACCUGGCAACUGAGAGCCACAGUUCAGGAGCAAAAUUAUUAUUUUUGUAAAAAUAAAAAUCUCUUUGCUUUCCCUAAGGAAUGUGAAAAAAAAGCUGGAUAUUCAUUGCUUCUGCCUCUCUUGGCUUGUAUUUAUUAUUUCUUACUUGUGUUUACUAAAAGUAGUUUAGUUAGUUUUAAUAAUUGUUUUUUGCAUUCUCUGACUACUACAAUUAAGCAGUCUAAACUCCAGGACAUGCUUUCAAAAUGCUCUGUAAAUACAUUCACACAACAGAAUGAAAAUGACUAUUGGAUGAAUUAUACUGGCUUUAAAACUCCUUAAAUAUGUUAAUUCUUUACAAACGGGGCCAUGUGAUAUCUUUUCUGGGCCAUUUAUUUCCUUUUUGUAACUUAUGAAGAGGGUUGGGGGAAAGAAAUUAAACCACAAAAAAAUUAAAAGAACUUUUUAAUGGGUUAGUAUAAGCUUUCCAAACCCAGUAAAUUCUUUCCUAAAUUUACCCUCUUGGCACUGCAGCACAGAUAAUGUACAACAUUGGCCUGAAUUCUGCCUUAAAUAGAGGAUCAUAUUUCCUGCAAUACCUCAGUGUAAUACAGUGAAUUAAUUUCCUUCCUAAUGAGGGUUAAAGUCCC